ACAUAAUUUAUUGUAUCUAUACUGUAUAAUAUUAAUAUAGCAGCACCAUUAAACAUCUUCUUCCUUUUCUGUCUUUCCAGUCUUGAAAAAGGGCUUUUUUCUCUUCAAAUCUGGUUCUAAAUUGUUUGUUAUUGUGUCCAAGAUUCUCUUUUCAUAACAAGGGACUCAGAAAAACAGCUGCUGCAAUUUGGAUCAGUGAAAUUAGAAUCGUUUCUGAUUGAUUCAUGAUUUUUCGGGGCUAAUCCAAUGGAAGUUCUCCCGAAUCUAUUGGCCGUUUUGUGGGCUCUGGCGAGCCUUACAGUGGUGACGUCGCACGGUAUUCAACCUCUCUCAGUUAUCGCCAUUGACAAGGCUGUUAUUGCCCUGGAUAACAAAGCUUACAUCAAAGCUUCUCCUACGAUUCUUGGAGUCAAAGCCAACGACGACAAAGAUUGGGUUACUAUCGACUAUAAAAGCCCUACCCCGUCGAACGAUGACUGGAUCGGUGUAUUUUCUCCUGCAAAUUUCAGCUUGUCCGCCUGCCUUCCUGAGAAUCCUCGAGUUAUUCCGCCAUAUUUGUGCACAGCCCCGAUUAAGUACCAAUUUGCUAAUUUCAGCAACAAGAACUAUAAAGAAACAGGCAAAGGAUAUUUGAAGCUUCAGUUGAUUAACCAAAGAUCAGAUUUCUCGUUUGCAUUAUUUUCCGGUGGUGUAUCGAAUCCGAAGCUGUUGGCCGUGUCGAAUCCAGUGGCAUUUACUAAUCCGAAGGCGCCGCUGUAUCCUCGAUUAGCUCAGGGGAAAGCUUGGAAUGAAAUGACGAUUACCUGGACUAGCGGAUACAGUAUUUAUGAAGCCGAACCUAUAGUCGAAUGGGGGCCUAAAGGAGGACAGCAGACGCAGUCUUUCGCAGCUACACUGACUUUCGAUCGCGGCAGCAUGUGUGGUGCACCGGCAAGAACUGUAGGAUGGCGCGAUCCUGGAUUUAUUCAUACAGCUUUUCUGAAGGAGUUAUGGCCGAAUUCUUUGUAUUCUUACAGAGUUGGGCAUAAAUUGAUUAACGGGACGUACGUAUGGGCCGAUACUUCCCAAUUCAAAUCGUCGCCAUUUCCAGGCCAGAAAUCGCUACAACGAGUCAUCAUUUUCGGCGACAUGGGAAAGGACGAAGCUGACGGCUCGAACGAGUACAACAACUUCCAGCGCGGCUCACUUAACACCACGAAACAGCUGAUCGACGAUGUAAGGAAUUACGACAUAGUUUUCCACAUCGGAGACAUCUGCUACGCCAACGGAUACCUUUCCCAGUGGGAUCAGUUCACUUCUCAGGUUAAACCAAUUGCGUCUAGAGUACCCUACAUGAUCGCCAGCGGCAACCACGAGCGUGAUUGGCCGGGAACGGGUUCGUUUUACGGGAACAUGGAUUCGGGAGGCGAAUGUGGCGUCCCGGCUGAAACCAUGUUCUAUGUUCCCGCCGAAAAUCGAGCUAAAUUCUGGUACUCGACCGAUUACGGAAUGUUCCGCUUCUGCGUGGCUGACACAGAACACGACUGGCGAGAGGGCAGCGAGCAGUACAAAUUCAUCGAACGCUGUCUUGCGUCGGUGAAUCGACACAAGCAGCCGUGGCUGAUUUUUCUUGCACAUCGUGUCCUAGGUUAUUCUUCGGCUACUUAUUACGCGCAACAAGGAUCGUUCGGCGAACCGAUGGGACGAGACGACCUGCAGAAGCUAUGGCAGAAGUAUAAAGUCGACAUAGCCUUCUUCGGGCACGUCCACAGCUACGAAAGGACAUGUCCUGUAUACCAGAAUAUAUGUACAAACAAGGAGAAGAAGAGAUAUAAUGGUAGCUUGAAUGGGACAAUUCAUGUGGUGGUUGGAGGAGGAGGGGCGAGCCUUUCGGAGUUUUCGACGUUGAAGCCCGACUGGAGCAUCUACCGGGAUUUCGAUUACGGGUUUGUCAAACUUACGGCAUUUGAUUAUUCAAACCUGCUUUUUGAGUACAAGAAGAGUAGAGAUGGUAAGGUUUACGAUUCCUUCACGAUUUCGAGGGAUUAUCGGGACAUAUUGGCCUGCGUGACGGAUAGCUGCCCGAGUACGACUCUGGCGUCGUGAUCGAAUGUCGACGGGAAUUGAAUCUGCUGAUUGUGAGCAUUGUUCUGUUGCAAAAAUGUCGAAUUCAUUUUGAUGCUUAAUGUUGAUAAAACUGUCAUAUUAUAUUCCGUUAAAACCAUUCUUAUAUAUUUUAGGUGAGACUAUCUAAUAAUAACCACAACAAAUGA